AGCCUCUUCCUCUCGAUUCGAUUUCUAAUUUUGUCAAACGAAUCUACGAAUCUUGGAAAUCGGUGAAGAAUGAUUGGAUUAGAGUUUGGGAUUUCUGUUUGAUUUGUGUGUGUGUGUGUGUGGUGAUUUUGCAGGUUUUACUGUUCACCCCUUACUCGAUUUAUUGUUCGGCGAUUCAUUGCGUUACUUUGAUACUCUAUAUUUGUGAUAUUUGGAUGCGAACUUUCAGAUCAAUCAGCUAUUAAUUCUUCCAAAUUCUUGCAUUCAUGGGGAAAUUAUACAAGAGAGCAUGUAUAUGAACUUAUGUUCAUUCUGUCAAUUGCAUAGACUCGUAGGAAAGAGUUUUUUCUGUCUGGUUUCUGAAACUUAUUGUGCUCUAAUGCAUUGGGUGAUGGAAAACUUGAAGGAUAAACUCAGGUCUCUUUUCCAUAGCAGAGGUUGUCUUGGAUGUCCUAAGGUCCCAUUUAUGACCACUGGUAAAAAGACAACUGGAGCUUCUAAAAACGAUUCAGCCACAAAUAAAGCUAGCAUGGUACAAGACUUUUGGAGUAGCAGCACAUAUGAGAUGGAUAAUAGUGCAGCUCAGUCACAAUUAAGUGCCUCUUCGGUUAGCCUUUCAAACCCGACCCUAGAUGGCCAUUGUAGUUCCGGAAGCAAUCCUCCUGAAUUUGUAAAUCGUGGUCGUCUUCUUUGGAAUCAGACAAGGCAACAAUGGAUUGGAGAGAAGGUGUCUGGCCACCGCAAAAAAGCUCAAGAACCUGCUAUAAAUUGGAAAGCAACUUAUGAUAAUUUGCUUGGGACCAACAAGCCUUUUCCACGGCCGGUUCCUCUACGAGAAAUGGUGAAUUUUCUUGUGGAUGUCUGGGAAGAAGAGGGAUUGUAUGACUGAAUCGCUGCAAGAUGAAGGGAUCGAUGUUUUUUUCAGCCAACUGCAACAUGAUUAUUUAGUUGAUAUCGUUGUGCAGAGUUUGUGUUUGUUUCGGCUGGUCUGAACCUAAGAACUGGGGUUCAUUACAGUUUUUAGAAAUCAAUUCAUCCUGAGAAAAUGUAGCCACAAAAUCUACAUUAUUUUGGGUUUAUAAACGUUGUGUUCAGUUAGAUGGGUUUGCCCCU